AUGAGACAUGCAACGACAAGGAAAUGCAAAGAGCGUGAAAGCACUGUACAGCCCAAAUUCAAGGUGAUAACAACUCAAAAUUUCGGUAUUCCAUGUCGACAGGAAGUGGUCCAUUUUGCCGAACAUAAUACUACCGUCGGCCGUACGUUUGGUCAUAAUGCUCUGAAGCGACUGUCUUUCAUAUUCCUGCCUGUGAUGUUCACUUUGGGUGUGAUCUCGACACUUUUGAUGGCUCUUGCAGUAAUUUCUGUGAAGAAUUUAGCCAUUGGCGUUCUUCUACUAAUUGUGUCUGUGAGUCAGGCUGCAUCUAGAUUGUUCUUUGCGGCUGCUUCGCCGUCCCCCCUGGUACAUUUACAUCCCCGCGCUGAAUUUUUACCAGCACCUGCUGUACCUGCACCCUGGCCUGCUUCUGGCCCUCUCUUAUCACCUUGGGCCAGAUCAGAUAACGAUGCAACAAUUUCCGAUUAA